AUGCAUGAUGAAGAGUGCCAGUGGACUGAAUGCUGUCUGAAACGAAAGACCUUGAAUACUCAUGGACCCGAGUGGCGAGCUUUACAAGGGGAGGAAGAGCGGCACCAUUUACAACCAAACCAAUCCCUCCGACACCAAGAAGAAGAGCUUCACGUUAAAGAUGCCAUGGGUCAGCUACCAGCUCCUGUCAAAAGUAUAGAGGAUCAUUCGCAAAAUGUCAAUGAAACUAUGGACGUUAAUCAAACUUCAGAUAAUGAAAAGAAAGAGAGUAACGGUAGUGAUAAGUUAAGACCCUUAGUCAUUGGCAAGUCGGCCAAACCUAGGUGUUUUAAAAAUGUACGCUACUUUCCAUGUGAAUACUCAUCACAGCGACGUGCCUGGAUGACGAGUGACAGGUACCGAAAAUGGCUUGUGAACUGGGAUGAAAAACUUGUAACGCAAAAAUGCAAAAUAAUCCUGUUUGUGGAUAACUUCCCGUCCCACCCGAAGGAAGUACUCUUAAAAAACAUCAGGCUUGAGUUUCUUCCUCCAAAUGCGAAGACCGGGCUGCAGCCUCUGGAUCAAGCCGUAAUCAAAGUCGUCAAACAGAAGUAUCGAAAGCGCAUAGUAGAGAAAUUCCUGGACUUUAUGCAGGAUCCAAUUACGAAGCCUAAAAUUAAUGUUUUGGAUGCCAUGCACUGGGUGACAGCAUCUUGGGAGGAUAUCGAACCAGAAACAAUCCAAAAUUUUUUCAGAAAGGCUGUAUUACUAGGAGAGAUUGUGAUAAGGUGGUAA